AUGUUUUACAUCAACUGUCAAUAUUUCAUCUCGGUCUCCUUUGUCGCAGUGCAGAAAGUUAUUAUUACGGAGUAUUUUUUAUCAUUGCUUAGAAAAAUAAUUUCCCUCACCAGGAUUGACAGUUUUUUACUUGUCGACAGGAUGUCUCAUAAUAUUGUUGUUGAUCCUUUUAGUGAAACUCCAUUGGAUUUGGAUGACAUUCAAGAUGAUCAGAAAGAGAAUGGGAUGGACAUUGCGGAAGAAAUAACUGAUGAACUGCCGUAUGCAGUGCCAUUGACACCUGAAGAAGUCAGAUGGUUUUACAAGGACGGCGUUGACAAAAGAUGGGUAGAAUUUUGCGGGUAUGAUAGCCUGAGAAUUGAAAAUGCUUGGAGACUAUGCCAGGAUCAGGAUGCCAAUCAGACAAAUGAAAAUUCAAUAAGUUAUGAAAGAGUUGUUGUCAAAGGUGGAAUGUAUGACGUUGAAUUAGACAAUAUGAGAUGUGUCUCUAUUUAUUGGCCAGGUGAAGAAUGGGAAAUACUAAGAGCAACGUGGUUUUACGAUGCCAGUUGGAUUCCAUUGGAGAUAGAACACUCGAAAGUUAUAGAGGAGAAUCAUUUAAGACUUUUUGAAAAAAAACAAUCGUCAGGGUCAACACCUGAGGAAAUAGUUCCCUCGCAUUCUUACAAAGUUCUCCACACAGUACAUUUCCCAGAAUUUCAUGUUGAUUGGCAUGCCAUUAAUGAUGUCGCGCUUUAUAGUGAAUACACACCGAGCAAAUUAAUGCGUAGCGUUACCUCUAAACUAGGAUUUACUAAAACAAGUGGAUAUCGCCUGAAGCGCGGUUACAAGGUCUCCUCGACAAUGGAUGAUAAGCCACAUGAUAUUGAUCAUUUGGUAUUCGUUGUCCAUGGCAUUGGUCAGAAACGUGAUACCGGUAAAAUCAUACGAAACACUGCCUCGUUUCGUGAUUGUGUUGACUGGUGCAAGCAGAAAUAUUUUCCUAGCUCAUCACAUCGCGUCGAAUUCUUUCCAGUCGAAUGGCGAUCUUCUUUAAAACUUGACGGUGACAUAGUAGACGCAAUAACUCCGUACAGUGUAAUGAGCAUAAGACAUCUGUUAAACACAUCUGCAAUGGAUAUUCUUUAUUACACAAGCCCAUUGUACGGGGGAGAAGUACGCGCUGGUCUGCAACGUGAGCUGAAUCGUUUGUAUUUCAUGUUUAUAAGCCGGCAUCCCGGAUGGAAUGGAAAGGUAUCAGUGCUGGCUCACUCACUCGGCUGUGUUAUUGUUUAUGACAUCGUUACUGGUUGGAUGGGGCCGGAUACUAGACCACCAUCCCCAGCAGCGCCUGACGUCCUUCUCGUUACAGACGGACUAAAAUUCACAAUAGAAAAUUUAUUUUGCCUCGGCUCACCUUUAUCAGUAUUUUUAGCGUUACGAACAAGAACGCCGGCAAACCCAGGAGACAUAAUGCCCCCGGGAUUGUGUAAAAAUUUUUUCAAUAUUUUUCAUUGGUCUGAUCCAGUUGCUUAUCGAAUGGAGCCACUACUUGUUAGGAAUUAUAGCAAAGUUGAGCCGGUACUUAUUUUGCCUUAUGGUGGUGUCGAUAAUCCAGAUCAACCAUUGUCAUUAGGAAAUGUUGAAUCAAUACCUACGUCAGAUAACGAAGAAAAAGAUGAUAAAGAAGCUGAUAGUCCUACCGAUACCCCUAAUAGAACGGUUGAAAAAGGCUCAUGGAGCUUAUGGGGUCUUGUAAGAGCUGGAUGGAAUGCCAAAGAAGGCGCCUCACCUACUCCUGAUGCUAAUAUCAUUAGACCUGAUGAAGAACUAGAACAACGACUUGACUAUGUUUUACGAGCGGGUGGAUUAGGCCGUAAUUAUUUGUAUACUGUAACAGCUCAUACCGCGUAUUGGAGUAAUUAUGACGUUGCCUAUUUUGUAUUAACUAGAUUAUUCCCAAACUUAGAAACUUGA